AUGUCAUUUGCCUUUCGAAAUGGCACUGCUGGGAAUGGGACUCGAGGCGGCCAGGAGCCCCAGUUAGGAACAUCGCCUUGGGACGCUUUAGGGCCAUCAUUAGUGCUCUUGGUUCUUGUUAUUAUCCCUCUUUUCAUCAUUGCCACAAUACACGUGGCAUACACAUUAAACCAUCUUUACGUAGCUAUCGCUAUGAUUGAAGAGGAGGAUGACCCUUAUGAUGAUUUGUUUUGGGAAAGAAACGGUGGCCGUUUCUCAGACAACCCACUUACCAACAUCAGCAUUGAGGGUGACUUUACUUCCGGUUCCGUGGACGACAGACACUAUCUGGCUGAGCCAAACGACGACAUUCCCAGACCUAGUCCCCUAACAGCCUCACUGCGCUGCAUAGACACGCGUCUUCGCCUUUACUCCGGCCGUUUGGCCUCGUUCCGCGGCCUUUUCGCCUUCUCUAUGAUCGUGUUCUUCACCAUUCUUGCCAAGGUCUUAUACAGUCUCGCCACUCUUACUCGAUCUCCAGAGUCAGAUAAGAAAUGGGAAUUAUCCCCUUCACUUAACUCGGAGCUCUCCACAGGCCUGCCUGCUCUCGCAAUCUCCCUUGCUACAGUCCAGCUGAGCACACGUUGGGUUCACAUCAUCGUCACACCCCCAACACCCUGGAGCCCGUCCCGUAUCAUCCCACACCUUGGGCAUCUGCGCUCGCUAAAGUAUCUGUUCAUGGGCUGGUGGACACUCCUAUACCUUUUUCUCGGCGCAGUCAAGUCGUUUCGGGCGAACUUACCGCCGUUCAAAGAUGCGUUUCAUGCUACCGCAAUGCCCGUAGCUCUUCAAUGGCUCGCGCUGAAUGCAGCUCGGUGGAUUAACGAACAGGCCAAAUCCGCAUUUGGCGUGUCGAGCGUGAAGCUCACCAUGGAACCCAGGCGCAUGUGGAGCACUGUGAUGGCCUUGGUUAUCGGCAACGGUGCCUACCUGAUCCUCGUAGUUCCUAUCCAGGCUGUUCUCUUCCGUAUCCAGGCCUCCAUGUUGCCGCAGGUUGCGAAACCUGUCGUUUCGUUCCGACAGAUUUUUGGACGUCUCGUUGAACCGCGACACAUUGGUGGUACGGGUUAUUUGUCCAUGAGCGGUGCCUGGCGUUCGUUCUCUCGUCAAAGUUGGCGUCGCUUGAUGAUAGUGCAGGUCAAAGUGCUGUGCAUCAAUACGAUGCUUUAUUUCAUGCUGCCAGCCGUAUGGUGGGUUCUGAGGUUGGUUUUGUUGCUUAAUCAUAAGGCCUCCGAAGGAACAGUUGACACUUAG